AUGAACUGCAAGGCAGUCCCUAAUCAGCAGAGAACAGGUCAGCUUGCUCCUGGAACUCGAUCACCACCUCUCCCCACAGAUUAUCUAGUUGAGAUUAACAAAGUUUUACUUGCCAUGGAUGAUGCUGAAUUAUCACUUAAUGCUCCUGAGCUAAGCACUGUUGUCUAUGAAGACUUCUCUUUUCAGGAAGACUCUCUGAAGAAUAUCAAAGAUCAACUGGACAAACUCGGGGAGCAGAUUGCAGUCAUUCAUGAAAAACAACCAGAUGUUAUCCUUGAAGCUUCUGGACCUGAAGCCAUUCAAAUCCGGGAUACACUAACUCAGUUGAAUGCAAAAUGGGACAGAAUUAAUAGAAUGUACAAUGAUCGUAAAGGUCAUUUUGAUAGGGCUAUGGAAGAAUGGAGACAGUUCCAUUGUGACCUUAAUGACCUCACACAGUGGAUAACAGAGGCUGAAGAGUUACUGGCUGAAACCUUGGCUCCUGAUGGUGGCCUGGACUUGGAGAAAGCCGGGAUGCACCAGCAGAUAUUGCUUCAAGAACUGGGUCCUGGUGAUGGUAUUGUAAUGGCAUUCGAUAACGUCCUGCAGAAACUGCUGGAGGACUAUGGUAGUGAUGACACCAGGAAUGUGAAAGAAACCACCGAGUACUUAAAAACAUCAUGGAUCAACCUCAAACAAAG